AGAGUAUUUAUCAGUUUAAUUCAGAGGUGCUUUAUCAGCGUGAAAGAAAAAAAUAAUGUCAAAGCAUCAAUAUACAGAGACCAUGAUUUAUAUCUGUGACUGGUCUGACUGGUGUUUGGAAAGUCGAUCAAUCAAUCAAUGAAUCUCUCCUUCCUCAGGUGAAGCACUGACAUGUGAUCAGAGUGUUGAUACAGCAAGGCAUCGUCCAAUCAGAGAGCAGCUCUUAUCUGUACCUGACCUCUGAUCAGUUUGGACUUUGGUUGAAGCUCAGUCACUGAACAGACUCGUCUCAGGAUCUUUGAUUUUCUUACUCGAGAUGAUUUUCCUGCGUCUUCUUCUCGCUGUUCUUGUGUCCCUCCUUGCACCCUUCGCUCCGGCCAACGGCGGCCAUGUCCUGGUGUUUCCGGGUGAGUACAGCCAUUGGUUGAACAUGCGGAGCAUCGUGGAGGAGCUGGUGAAGAGGAACCACUCCGUCACCAUCUUAGUUUCCGACGCGUCGCCGUCUGUCAACUACAACGACAGCAGAGACGCCGCCAAGUUCAACUUCCUGGUUUUCAAGGUUCCGUUCAGCAGGUCUGAGUUUCACGGACUCACUGAGGAGUUUAUUCACUUCUCCAUGUAUGAGUCUCACGAGUCAUCUCUGCUGCAGAAGUUCUUCAGGACCUGGGAUUGGCUGCGGCGCUCCGCUGACUUUGGGAUCAAACAGUGUGACGCCAUGUUGAAGAACAAGCAGCUGAUGGUGACACUGCGCGCCACUGCGUUUGACGCUGUCCUGCUCGACCCGAUGGUGAUGUGUGGCGAUCUGGUGGCCGACGCGCUGCGCCUGCCGCUUGUCGUCUCUCUGCGCUUCUCGUUCGGUGGCGUCCUGGAGCGACACUGUGGCCACGCACCCGCGCCACCGUCAUUCGUCCCCGCUGCUCCGCUGCCCUACAGCGACCGCAUGACAUUUGUGGAGAGGCUGAUUAACGUGGUGACGUACGUCUCGGCGUCAGUGAUGUCAGAGCUGUUCUGGAGGCUGACGCUGGAUAAAUACUACAGUGAGGUCAAAGGAAGUCCCAGCAGCGUUUGUGAGACUCUGGGAAAUGCAGACAUCUGGCUCAUCAGAACUUUCUGGGACAUUGAGACGCCCCGACCGACCCCGCCCAACUUCAGGUACGUGGGUGGUCUGCACUGCAAACCGGCCAAUCAGCUGCCAGAUGACAUGGAGGCGUUUGUGCAGAGUUCAGGCGACGCAGGUGUCGUGGUGGUUUCCUUCGGCUCCAUGGUAACCAACCUGAUGCCAGAACGAGCUGAUGUCAUCGCUGCCGCCUUCGGACGAAUCCCGCAGAAGGUAAUCUGGAGGUACCGCGGAGAAACUCCUAAGACGUUGGCGACAAACACGAAGCUUUACGAUUGGAUUCCUCAGAACGACCUGCUGGGUCACCUGAAGACCAGAGCGUUUGUGACUCACGGCGGCACGAACGGUUUGUACGAGGCCGUGUAUCACGGUGUGCCGCUGGUCGGAGUUCCGCUGUUCGCCGAUCAGCCUGAUAACCUCGCCCGUCUGAGCCGCCGCGGCGCCGCCAUCAUCCUGGACUUCAACCGUCUGACGGCAGACGAGCUGACAGAGGCGCUGCACGCCGUCAUCAACGAGCCCAGUUACAGGUCCAGCAUUCAGCGUCUCUCUGCGCUGCACCGCGACCAGCCAGCGGCGCCGCUGAGCACCGCCGUCUUCUGGGUGGAGUUUGUGAUGCGACACGGCGGAGCGCAACACCUGCGGCUGGCGUCACAUGACCUAAACUGGUUCCAGUACCACAGCGUGGACUCUUCCGCCGCCCUGCUGGUCGUCAUAACGACCGCCGCUGCCCUCUGCUGGGCGGGCGUCCGCCGUCUCCUGCGACGCUGCAGCCAAGGAGGAAGAGAAAAGAACGACUGAAGACUUUUAGUCAACAGAGUUAGAAUGUCGCGUUUUAACGAAGGAUUUUCUCUAAUUUAUCGAGUCAGCAUUAAAUCUGUUCUAAAGAUUCAACAGAAACUAUUUUUACAGUUUUAUUCAGAUAAGAGUUGUUAAAGUUGCUUUCAUAUGCACUGCAGUAAUCAGAUUACUUUCAAACUGUCACUGAUAAAAAUGUCAGGACAGGGGACGAGGUGAGCUCUGACAUCAGCUUCAGCUGAUUAAAAUAAAUCUGACUCACAUUAGAUUUUCUUUCGACUUUUUAUUUUCUUUGUUUCCAUCAGAAAUAAUAAAGUCUGAAUUCUAAAACGUGU